AUGGCGUCUAAAUCUGGCUUGGCCAAUGUCGGAGUACCAAACCAAACAUUGUACUGUUCAAAUCUUCCUGAUAAGGUGAAGAAACCAGACCUGCGACUCGCUCUCUACACAUUGUUCUCCACAUAUGGCGUGGUCCUCGACGUGGUGGCCAUGAAGACAGAGAAAAUGCGAGGCCAAGCCCACAUUGUCUUCAGAGAUAUUCAAACCAGCACACAGGCCAUGCGAGCUUUGCAAGGGUUUAACUUUUUUGGAAAAGAGAUAAGAAUCGUCUACGCGAAAGGGAGCUCGGAUAUUAUCGCAAAGCUUCGCGGCACAUAUGCACCUACAACUGCACAUGAGCAGUCCAGGAUUUCUACAGAACUUCAGAAGUCCAUCUUCAGUGCCCCGCCUUCGGCUGCAGUAGUUGCCGAGACUCAGAAUGCCGGUGGGGCGAAGCCGCAAGCGUCACAAGGAGUUAAAAGGCCAAGAGAAGAAGAGAGCGAUGAAGGAGAAGCUCCAAUGGAAGAAGACGAAAGUGAUGUUCCUAUGGAAGCUUCGUCGGACGAGGAAUAG